AUUUUUUCGUAAUAAACCUUGUUUUACAACUUUUUGAUAAACAAACAAAUAUUAUAAAAGCCGGUAAGAAAUAAUUUUAUAACCAAGAAAAUAUCACAUUUUCGUUAUAUUAAUAUUUCAUAAAUAUUAAAUACUUAAGUCUUAUUAUUCAAAGUCACUAUGAGAGGACGAGGCAAUUCUAGUCCAAGAGCAAACUCUCGUGGAGGACACGGUGGUAGCAAUUACCAUAAUCAAAGAGCAAACUCCCGUGGAGGACGUGGUAGCAAUCACCAUAAUCCAAGAGCAAAUUUUCGUGGAGGACGUGGGAGAGGACGUGGUGGCGACUAUUUCGUAGAAAGACCAAACUUCCGUGAUAGACGAGAUGGUGGCAAUUAUGGUGAAUCAGAAAGCUUCCGCGAUGAACGUGGUGAUGGUAAUGGAAGAUAUAAUAUACCACCAAAACUUAGUAUUCCUAAAAUCAAAGAAUUGCAACAACGAACCACUAUUGCGAAUUUCAGUUCUUCUAAACUCACAUAUGGAGGUAGUGAUCAAUUAGUUUUUAUUGUUAAUGGAGAACGGAUUACAACCGUUUGGAAAAAAAUAUUGGAAGAAACUCCCUGGUAUCAAAAAGAUAUUAGAAUUUUUAUUUGUUCAGCACUAGUAACAGCUGAUUCUCAGAAAGCCGGAGAAUUGGUAACAAAAUUAAGUAAUCCUAAAAGUGGUCUAGAGAGAUUAAGUGAAAUCAUGAAUUUUCCUAUGUCAUGUGAUGCGGGACUUCAACCUGGAGUAUUAUCUUUUCAAUAUGUCAUAUUACCUUUAUUGGGACUAUUGACCAGAACAGCUAUUACUAAAUGCACUUUGGAAAAACAUGUAGACGAAAUUUUUAUGGUGGUUUACGAGAAACUCGAUUAUAUAAAUGUGAUGAAAAUGUUGGAAACAUUGGUUCAACGUAAUUCUAUCGAAGACUGUAAUGUUGAUGUAGAUACAUUAUUGUCACAUGAACGAUAUUCAUUCAUCCCAUAUUCUUUAGGGGUAUUUUUCUUGAUAAUUGUACGAUUUCUUGCAGAAAUGUUACGUCGAAUCAGGGGAGCAUCUACUAAUGAGACUAUGCAUAAAAUUUUUCAAAAUUUGCAAGAAUUAAAGGCUAAGUAUCGUCGAUCAAUUGAACAACAAUCGUCAUUUUCUAUUUCAACAGAUCCGUUAAUUAAUAAUUCAAGUACCAGAGAAUAUUUUUUUACGGUAUUAGACGAUGAAAUGGGAAAUAUUAUUGAAAUGUUAGUAACUUAUGGCUUACCUAAUGAAUCUUCAAAUGAUGAAGAAAGACAUGAUAAUGAUUUUGGAAAAAUUUCAAAAAUAUCAAUUAUUCCUACAAUGAAAGAAAUAUUACUUGAUCGCCCACCUUAUUUACCUUCACUCUCUGACGCACAUCACUCUUCACCAAUUGGUGCGGCUGGAUUACUUGAUAGACAAUUUCGCCUUUUAAGAGAAGAUAUGUUAAACCCAAUUCGUGGUGGAAUAUCUAAUUUUUUAGCAUUACUAUCAAGAAAUUAUUAUUUCUCUUUAAAUAAUAAUGGUAGAUUAUCUAAUGAGUUGGAGAAUGUACUAUAUAAAAAUAAAGGAAAAUUUACGUACGAUAAGGGCAUGAAUCAUGAUAAUGGUGAUCUAAACGUAUAUACAGAUAUACAAUUUGCUGGUGUUGGUUGUGAUAGAAAAAAUGGUUUGAUUUGUACUCUAAAAUUUGCUCCAUUUAAUAACUCAACAAAUGCAAAAAGAGGAAGUGGAAAUUGGAAAAACAGUAAAAGGUUGUUACCUGGUAAUCUCAUUGCUCUUUUAUUACCAAAUCCGAAUUCCAAACAAGUACAAUCGAUUAGUGAUAAUAAUAUAUCUAUGAGUAAUUUUGAUUUAUAUUCAACUUAUUUCGGUAUAAUUAUGUCAAGAGAUGAUGAAGUGAUGGAAGAUGAACGUAUUAGAAUAUAUAUCAAUUUUCAUGAUCCAUCAAUUUAUUCUAUUGCAUUGAACGAACUUCGUAAUCAAAUCAAGGAAUAUAAUUCAAAAAAUUCGUACAAAGUAAAAAGUUACAUGGUGGAGUCAACUAAUAUUUAUUAUGAAGCUUAUUGCCAUGUUCUUAAAAUACUUCAAACUACCAACCCUACUUCUCUUCCUUUUAAACGAUAUUUAGCUCCUGCUCUCGAUCAUCAUUUGGAGAGCGCUUGUAUGAAUGUUGAAAUCAAACCUCCUAAGUAUACUAUAGCGCCAGGAUUUCAAUUUGAUUUAUCAGUUUUAUGUAGUAAUAAUAAGCAACAGAACUUAAAACUAAAUGUUACUAAUACAAAUACUUACGAUGAAGUAGCACAAAAAAUAAAUGAAUACAGUAAAUUAGACGAGUCACAAGCUAAAGCAUUAGUAUCUGCUUUAACACGAGAAAUUGCAUUAAUUGAAGGACCUCCUGGUACCGGUAAAACUGUAGUCGGUGUUGAAAUAAUGAAAGUAUUAUUGGCUGAAAAAAAUCGAAUAAAUAUUUCUGGCCCUAUUCUUACAAUUUGUUUUACUAAUCAUGCACUUGAUCAAUUCUUGGAGCACUUACUUGAUGAUGAGAUAACAGAAAAAAUAGUGAGAUUAGGUUCUCGAACAAAAUCUGAAAGGAUUAAAAAGUUUACUCUAGGUAAACUUCGCCCCAAUAAUAGUGGUAUCCCUUUACUAACGCAAAUAUUUGAAGAUAUUGAAGAUAUUGAAAAUGACGUUGAAGAAAUAAUAAAGUUAACUAAAAGUCACAUAACAUGGAAAGAUGUAUCUGAUUAUCUAGAAGAAGAAGAUAGAAAAUUUUUCAAUAAAUUUAGUAAUGUAACUUAUAAAGAUUUACCUAAUUGGGUCUUGGGAACUAAUAAUGCUACUGAAGAAACUGAUGAUGAAGAUGAUGAAGAUGAAAAUUCUGAAACUGGUGAAAACUUUCAAGAUAGUAAUGCAGAAAUUGAUGAAAAAAGUAGUAGUGAUGAAGAAACUGAGGAAGAGUUUCAAGAAGUUAAAGGAAAGCAGAAAUCAAUUUUUGAAAGAUGGUUAAGGGCAGAAGAUAUUAGAAAAAUAGACGAGCGAAAAAAAUAUUGGUCAGAUUAUGGAGAUAUAGAUUUAGAUGAUGACGAAUUUAUUAAUGAUUAUGAUGAAAUAAAAUUUUUAAGAAAUUAUAAUGAACCAAAAACAAAUCGUUCUUUAUAUGAAUUAUUAAAUAUUCAUUCAAUUUGGGAGAUGACAAUAGAAGAAAGAAAAAAACUUCAUGAUUGUUGGCGUGCAAAACUUGAUGAAGAAAAUUUAUCAUCAUUACAAAAAGAGCAUGAAGGAUGUCGUCAAGAGUUGAAUGAUAUUUAUGAUGAGGAACGUCGUCAAAUAUUAUUAAAUAGUGAUGUUAUUGGUAUGACAACAAGUGGUGCUGCUAAAUUACAAAAUUUGAUUAAAUAUAUUGAUCCUAAAAUUAUUAUAUGUGAAGAAGCUGGUGAAGUCUUAGAAGCUCACAUUCUUAGUGCAUUAACUCCUUCUACUCAGCAUUUAAUAUUAAUAGGAGAUCACAAUCAACUUAGACCUCAUGUUGCAACUUAUUCUCUUAGCAUAGAAUCACAUAUAGGAGAGAAUUAUCAAUUAGAUAAAUCAUUAUUUGAAAGAUUUGUUGAUGGCACUAAUAAUACAAUUAAAAUUGAGAAAACUAGACUUUUAACUCAGAGACGUAUGAGAGGAGAAAUUUCUGAUUUAAUCAGAUACACAAUUUAUGAUGAUCUAAAAGAUGGCGAAAACACUACCGAAUAUCCAAAUGUAAGCGGAGUUCAGCAUAAUGUAUACUUCAUUGAUCAUGAUUAUCCGGAAGAAGAUUGUGGUAGUGAUUUGGCAAUGCAGUCUCAUGUGAAUAUGUAUGAAGUUAAAAUGGUGGUAGAAAUGGUUAAAUAUUUCGUAAAAUAUGGGUAUACUAAACCCAAAGACAUAGCUGUACUUACUCCUUAUUUAGGACAAAUGAGUAAAAUUAAGGAAGCUUUAUCUGAAUCAUUUAUUGUUGACAUUGAUGAAAGAGAUGCACAGAAUAUUGCUGAUAUGGAGGAAGAAGAAAGUGAUACUUCAAAAUCAUUAAAUCAACGAGUUACACUAAGAACUGUUGAUAAUUUUCAAGGCGAAGAAGCAAAUAUAGUUAUUAUUUCAUUAGUUCGUAAUUACUCUGAUAGUAAAUAUAAUUCUAUUGGAUUUCUCAAAAGUAAAAAUAGAAGUAACGUGUUAUUGUCACGUGCUCGGGAAGGGAUGUAUCUUAUUGGUAACUCCAAGUUGAUGGCAUCAAAAUCUGAAGAUAUGUGGGCUCCUGUUGUUAAUAUUUUACGUAAGCGUAAUCAAAUUGGUCCCGGUAUGCCAAUCGAAUGUAAGCAUCAUCCUGAUUGCAAAAACAUUGUUAAAGUCCCUGAACAAUUUGAUGAAGUUUGUUCUCCAACUGGAGGAUGCCGUAGUACUUGUGAUAUACCGCUUUCUUGCGGACAUACAUGUGCUAAUGAAUGUCAUUUCGAUAAUCUUGAACAUAAAAGAGUUAAGUGUCGUAAACCUUGUAAAAAUGAACAUUCAAAAUGUGGUCAUAAAUGUUUAAAACUUUGCUACAAAGAUUGCGGAAAAUGCAAUGUACCUGUUGGAGAAAUUAUAUUACCUUGUGGACAUAUGUUACAAAAUGCUGAAUGUUGGGAAAGUCAAAAUAAGGAAAAAAUCCAAUGUAAUACUAUUAUUGAUACUGUACUACCUGAUUGUGGACAUCCGUUACAAAAUAUUGAAUGUUGGAGAGUUCAGAAUAAAGAAAAUUUUACAUGUCACAUUCCAGUUAAUAUUACAUUACCUAAUUGUGGCCAUCCAUUAAAAGAUGUUGAAUGUUGGAAAGUUAAAAAUGGAGAAGAAUUUAUUUGUUAUUUUCCAACUGAUAUUAUGUUACCUUGUGAACAUGUAUUACAAAAUGUUGGAUGUUGGAGAAAUAAAGAUAAAGAAAGCAUCAAAUGUAAGUCUUCUAUUGAUGUUGAAUUAUCUUGUGGACAUAUAUUAAAAGAUAUUGAAUGUUACAGAGUUCAAAAUAAAGAAAAGUUUACAUGUAAUUUUGCGAUUGAUAUUACGUUACCUUGUGGACAUACAUUACAAGAUGUUAAAUGUUGGAAAAGUCAAAAUAAAGAAACAAUUGAAUGUAGCGCUCCUAUUGAUAUUGAACUACCCGGUUGUGGACAUAUAUUACAAAAUGUUGAAUGUUGGAGAAAUAAAGAUAAAGAAAACAUCAAAUGUAAGUCUUCUAUUGAUGUUGAAUUAUCUUGUGGACAUAUAUUAAAAGAUGUUGAAUGUUGGAGAAAUAAACAUAGACAAUUACCUAAGUGUGAUGUUUCUACUGAUAUUGCAUUGCCUUGUGGACAUAUAUUACAAAAUGUUGAAUGUCAUAAAAAUGAAAAUAAAGAAGUAAUUGAAUGUGAUGCCCUUGUUGAUAUUACAUUACCUUGUGGGCACAUUGUACAAAAUGUUGAAUGUUGGAAAAAUAAAUAUAAAGAAAAAAUCCAAUGUAAUACUACUAUUGAUAUAAUAUUACCUAAUUGUGGACAUCCUUUACAAAAUAUUGAAUGUUGGAGAGUUCAAAAUAAAGAGGAAUUUACAUGUAACUUUCCCAUUGAUAUUACAUUAUCUGAUUGUGGGCAUACAUUUAAGGUUAAAUGUUGUAAAAAAGAAAAUACACGUAAAUGUAAUUAUCUUGUUGAUAUUGAAUUACCUUGUGGACAUACAUCAAAUUAUGUUGAAUGUUGGAAAAAAGACAAAGUAAAAAUCAAAUGUAUUACUUCCAUUAAUUUUGAAUUAUCUUGUGGACAUAUAUUAGAGGGUAUUAAGUGUUGGAGAACACAAACAAAUAAUACGCUUGAAUGUAAUUUUAUUGGUGAUAUUACAUUGCCUUGUGGACAUGCAUUCAAAAAUGCUGAAUGUAGAGAAAAAGAAUCAAUCAAGUGUACAGAACUAAUCACAAAAAGUAUGUCUCGCUGUGAACACAUUAAUGACAUCCAGUGUUCUGAAUCAUCUAAUGACGAUAUUCAAUGUAAAAAGAAUUGUGGAAUACGAUUGGAAUGUGGCCACGAGUGUUUAAAGGCUUGUUUUAAAUGUCAAGAACGGACUAUAUCACAAAAUUUCGGAUACGAAAACGAAAUAAUAGAGAGGACAGAUCAUGGAAAAUGUAAAACUAAAUGUAAUAAGUUAUUAUAUUGUGGACAUAGGUGUAAGCAAUAUUGCCAUAAGGGUGAAUGUCGGCCAUGUAAUGAUAAAUGUGCGAUAUCAUGUGAGCACACUAAAAAAGUAUGUAAUAAAAAUUGUUUAGAACCCUGUGCUGUAUGUGCAGAACAGUGUUCGUGGGAAUGUGAGCAUGGAAAAUGCGAUUUGAGCUGUGGAAUUCCUUGUGAUAGAUUACCUUGUGAUGAAAGAUGUGAUAAAAAAGUGAAAUGUGGUCACAAAUGUGCUGGAAUUUGUGGUGAAACUUGCCCUACUCAUUGUGCUAACACUAACUGUGUUCAAGAAAAAAUUAGAAAUCAAGUAUCAGAUAUAAUCAAUAAUAUUACAUUUAGUAUGGUAGAUUGGAAUAAAGAAAAGAUGGUUGCUCUUCCUUGUGGGCAUAUAUAUACAAUGAAAUCUAUGGAUAUGCUUAUGGAAAUGGGAGAUUAUUAUGAAGGUUCAAUUGAUGGAAGAUGGACGUCAGUUAAAACAUUUCCAGCUUCAACAAAUAUAAAAACAUGCCCGGAAUGUCAAGCACCAAUCAAAGAUAUUAAAAGAUAUGGAAGGAUUAUUAAAAAAUGCACAUUGGAAAUACAGAACAAGAAAUUCAUAUCAAAAUAUGACGACGAAUUAAACAAAAUUGCUAAUUGUAUUGUAGCAUCUUUUAAGAAAAUGGAAACAAAGAGAAAUAAAUUAAGAAAUAAUUUAUGUGUUAUUUCUAAAUUAAAAACAAAAGAAGAAUUUAAGGAUAAAGAUAGAAUAUUGCCGGAAAUUACUCGUUAUCAUUAUUUUGAGUGCAUUGCAGAAUAUCAUGGAUUUGAUGAAAAUAGUCAACAAGUAUGGGUUAGUCACGUUAAAAAAUUAUUAAAUUGCUAUGAAAAUUUGUUUCCCAUUAUUCGUACCACAAAAAUACCACCUCAUAAAAGAGCUCUUGUUGUAAGUUUAAAUGCAAAGCAAGAAUUAACUUUCAUGCCGAAAUUAGAUCAAUUAAAUCAUAGAAUUUAUUCAAUUUAUGUAGAUGGUGUUUUGAAAGUUAUCCAUAUACAAAAAAUCUUGUAUAAUGAAAUUUUAUUCAUAAUUGAAGAAUUAUCUUUAGUAGAAAAAAAUGUUACAGAUAUUAAAGAACUUUGGAAAGAUUUUGCUGAAAAAUUACAACAAUCUAUUCAAGACCAUUUAUUCAUAAUUAAAGAUGUAACAAAAUCUACUAAUUAUGGUAUACAUUCAUUUUUAGUUAAUUUGGAAAUGAUAGAAUUUGAUAUGAUGAUGCUUAAAUAUCCACAUAAGAGAAAUUUUAUCAGUAAAGCAGAAAUUAAGAAACAACAUGAAGGUGUUGUAAAAAGAAUCGCAUAUAUAUCUAAAAGUUUCGAUUACAUAAACGUUGAAGAAGAACCCAGGAAGGUUAUUUAUAAUAGAAUAGAAACAUUAUGGGAAAAUAAUGAAAAAUUUGAAAAGGAAAAUUUAAAGUAUUGAAGAAAAUUAGAAAUUCAUCAAACUGACAAGUUUUAAGUGCGUUGAUUAUUUUAAUCUUAAAAAAAAUAUUUAUAUAUUAUGACAUACUCUAUGUAAAACACAAUUACACAAUUAAAUAAAUUUAAAUAUUAAUAAUAAAAAUCACAUUAUAA